UAUGACGUGGUCAGAGACAAAGAGUGAGGUCAAAUACCUGAAACAAUAGAGCGAGCAAGAUUGUGAGAAGCUGAAAAAUGUGUAUAGCAGCGUUCGUGUGGCAGUCUCACCCACGCUACCCCUUCCUCCUCCUCCUCAACAGGGACGAAUAUUUCAACCGGGAAACGGCGGCUUUGCAAUGGUGGGACGACACCCUCGGGAUAUUGGGCGGAAGAGAUGCGGUGGAAGGUGGGACAUGGCUGGCUUGUUCCAAGGAUGGCAAGGUGGCUUUUCUCACUAAUGUCAGAGAGCUCAACAGACUUGUGCAAUGCAAGAGCAGAGGAGAACUCCCAUCUCGUUUCUUGUCGGGCAAAAAGAGUCCGAUGGAAUUUGCAGAGGAAGUUGUUGAGGAGGCAGAUAAGUACAAUGGGUUUAACCUGAUAUUGGCUGAUCUUCGUUCUAAGACCAUGCUUUAUGUAACCAACAGACCAAAGGAGGAAAAAAAGUUUAUCACUGAGGUUUCACCGGGGAUUCAUGUAUUGACAAAUGAUGCAAUGCUUGAUUCUCCUUGGCCUAAGUCUCAACGACUUGGCAAUAGUUUCAAAGAGAUGCUCAACAAGUAUGGAGAUGAUGAAGUUUCGUUAAAGGAAAUGGCUCUACGACUAAUGACAGACGAGACCAGAGACGACAAAAGCCUGCUACCUUGCAUUUAUUCUCCAGAAGUAGAAUACGAACUAAGUUCCAUAUAUAUUGAAUAUGCCCCUGCAUUGGGGUAUUAUGGUACUAGAAGCACUGAAGCAGUGUCUGUCAAUACAAAUGGGGAAGUCACCUUUUAUGAGAGAUUUAUAGCUGGGGAUUGGCAUGAAAGGACCGAGACCUUCCAGAUUGAAGAGGGGAGUAAAUAGUAUGCAUAUGGUUCGGUAAAUCUCCAUUCAUUAGAAGAAUACAUGAAUGGACUGGAUUGUUGACUUAAUAAUAAUGGCUAGUUCAGAAACUGACAUGUCUUUCAUUGUUCCUUUUAUGGUAAAAAUAUCUAUGCUUGAAUAGACUGGAUUGUUGGCUUAUCAAAGAUAGGAGUAUAAACCGAUUGUGUUGUUUUUGACACAGAGGAUGUUCAUUAAUAAACAUCAGUAACUUCAGCAUGAGUUCUCGGAACA